AAGGUAUAAGUAGAAAGUGUGACGCCGCUCGCGGCAUAGUGCUUGUAGACCUGGGCUGCACCAGUGACUGCUCACAUCGCAGAGUUGUGCCCACAAUUGGUUUGUGUUGUGCAAUUCCUCCGGUAAUCCUUCACGUUGGAAUCCAUCGUGCAAGGUGCAAUGGCUCAAAAGGUGACACUGUCUCUUCAUUUGGAAAAGAAACAGCUUGCCUGGCUGGAAGAGAUGGUGAAGAAGUACAAUUUGCCAUCCGCGGGUAAAGCCCUCCGCAUCUGCUUCACUUAUACUAAACAAGCUGGUGAGGAUGCAGCCGUUUUUGCUAAGGUGCCGAGCAUAAUUGCUGAUAACGAGGAUCUUGUUGAGAGCAGUCAAGAAAUCGACGAUGUGCAUGACAAGUAUUUACAAAGCCUUGUGGAGACAUACAGCCUUGGCAGCAAGGACAAGGCCUCUCGUGUCAUCCUUGAUUAUGUGAUGACAUCAGGAAACGAGGCUACCAUUUUUGAGGUGAAGCGUUGCAAACACGGCGACGUAUGCAAGAACUGUUGAGAUUUGAUGUGGACGGUGAACUGAAGCGCCGGUUGUGGAGCAGAUGAGCUUGAAGUGGUGUGGGUGAAAGUAGUCCCUUCGUAGACAUUUACAAUAGCAGAGGUUAGUGGAUAUGAACUUGCAAUACGAAUGUGAUGGUUGACGAUCUAAGCAUGUAUGUUUUACUUGAAAAGACUUGACGAAAUGUUUGAUGGGCUCUUUCAUGCACACAGCGUUGGUGCCCGUUUCACAAGCAUAGUUAUCAAAGCCAAUACCGAGCAGAAUAAACGUCGCCAUUGGGGCCCUGCUAUGUACC